GUUUGCCACGUCGGUCUCUGUGCAGCGCAUUUACACUGUUGCUCCUGAAGCCCGGGGCUAACUUUUAAACCCGUUUUUAUGUGUCCUCCCGGGGAGAAAGCGACCCCGCAGCAUCGCCGGUGCCGUCGUAGCUCGUCGCCACAGCAGAGCAGCCGCGGAUAUUGAAGCUGGAAGGCGGAGAAAUGGUCGGAGCUGUCUGGACUCGGAGCCACAAAACUGACUGAUGCAUCCUCGUUCACUUCACCCCCCCGUGUGUCGUUGGCCUGGCUGUACAUGGUGGCUCACUGAGGAUAAAGCGAGGAGUCCCGGCAGCUGUUGGUUGGUGGGCGGCGUCCGUGGUUGCCACCAUAACUGGCGACCAUGCCAGGAGGUCGCAGGGGUCCCAGCAGACAGCAGCUAAGUCGCUCUGCUCUGCCGUCCCUGCAAACUCUGGUUGGAGGCAACCUCGGCAAUGGUACCGGCCUCAGGAACAGGAGCAGUAACUCGGUGGGUCUGUCCGCGCCCCCUCUCUCGGCCCUCAUUACUCCGGAGCCGGUCCGUCACUCGAGGAUCCCUGAGCUGCCGUUGGACAGCAGCCUGCUGUUUGAGUUCCUCCUCUUUCUGUACUUGUUGGUGGCCUUGUUUGUCCAGUACAUAAACAUCUACAGGACGGUGUGGUGGUACCCAUACAGUCAUCCUGCUGCCUCUACCUCGCUUAACUUUCACCUAAUGGACUACCACCUGGCUAUCUUCAUCACAGUCAUGUUGGCCAGGAGGCUUGUGUGGACAAUAGUUUCAGAGGUGUCUCAGAGCAGCGGUGGAUCUCUGUUCCGUUAUGUGGUUCUUAUCGCAGCUCGGCUCAGCCUGCUGACCAUGUGCGGCUGGGUGCUCUGCUGGACGCUGGUCAACCUCUGCAAGAACCAUUCUGUGCUCAACCUCCUCUUCCUGGGAUACCCAUUUGGUGUGUACGUCCCGCUUUGCUGUUUCCAUCAGGAGGGAGGGAAAAGCCAAACGGCACCGGCUGACUGCGAUUACCCCGCAGACCACCAGCAGACUGACCUAACAGAGACCCCGUUCUUUCGGCCACGUGACUUCCUCUUCCUGUUGCGAGAGAACCUCAGAGAGCAAUUUUCCAGCCCUCCGCACAUGCCCACACACACCUGUCCGCCACACACACACUCACACACACCGGAGUUGAUUCGAACAGAGGUGGAGGAGCUAAAGAGCGACUUUAACCGGCGCAUCAAGGAAGUGCUGUUCAACUCGCUGUUCAGUGCUUACUACGUAGCCUUCCUGCCUCUCUGCUUCGUUAAGAGCACCCAGUACUAUGACAUGCGCUGGUCAUGUGAGCAUUUGAUCAUGGUUUGGAUCAAUGCAUUUGUGAUGCUAAUGAGUCAGCUGCUGCCCCCCACUUACUGCGACCUGCUCCAUCGCUCGGCGGCUCACCUGGGCCGCUGGCAGAAACUGGAGCACGGCUCUUAUAGCAACGCACCUCAGCAUGUGUGGUCAGAAAGUACCAUUUGGCCUCAGGGGGUGUUGGUACGACACAGUCGAUCUCUCUAUAAAGCAGUCGGAACCUAUAAUGUCGCGCUGCCCUCAGAUGUUUCUCAUGCAAGGUUUUAUUUCCUGUUCCACAAGCCAUUGCGGAUCCUGAACCUGCUGAUCUGGAUCGAGUCCAGCGUGGUUUUGUAUCAGUUAUACUCUCUGCUGCGCUCUGAGCGCUGGAACCACACUUUGUCUCUGGGCCUUAUUCUCUUCUGCAACUACUAUGUCCUUUUUAAACUGCUCCGAGACCGCAUCGUGCUGGGCAAAGCCUACUCCUACCCCCUGUCCUCCAACAGUCUGGGGCUCAAGUCGCAGUAAAGGCUCGGCACAGUGAGACCUCACCCAAGAACUCUGGAUGUGGAGGCGAGACGGGUGGAGGUCUGGUAAAGUGGAGGAGCGGAGGGGUCGAUUAGCGUUCACGCCUGGAGGUUAAGGGACAGACUAUGAACUCAUAAUCGUGUUUUGAUACGGUUCUAUUUUUAAUGCAAUGUUUAUAUAUACCUAUUUAAAAGAAUAUUUUUAUUUUGUAUACUAUUUCGAGUUACGCCGGGCAUUACCACGCUGACGACAUUAGCAUGUUGUGUUAUGUUGUUGCUAGGCGACAAGGAAGUCAGGGAAUGCCAGGAGGUGACUUUCACCAAAGAUAUUUUAAGUGCAGGCGGCCAAUCACCGAGCGGAGUUGGCCUCUGACAGUCAGUUAAACCAGAUAAGUGAUGCAGAGUAGUGGAAAGAGUCGUGCCCAAGAUGCUGAUUGAUCUGUUCUGCUUCAACCUUGAGGCUCUUUAAACUUAAAUCUAGAACCUGUGAAACUAAUGCAGCUCUUUGGGGUAGCAGGACGCAAACACUGUCGCUACCCCAAACAUCUUAAGCAUGUUUUCAAUGGUGAUUUUAAAGCCAGUGUUUGACAUUUUGGGAAAUUUCUGUGGGACAGUCUGUCUAUCAAAUAUCAGGCCACAGCUCAAAGAUGGUAAGCUUAAACAUUAGCACAGUAGCUCUGUCCAUUGGUAACAAAAUCUGCCGGCACCUCUAUAACUCACAUAUACCCCACUCCAACAGAGUUACCACACUGUUUUUUUAAAGGAUAAAUCAUGCUAAAAAUUGGCUAUAGACUCAUUUUCCAUUUCCAGCAGACCAGAGCUGUGCAAACGACUGCAGCAUACAAGUAUGCCCUUCUAUUUUUUUUUUUUUUUUACUGGUGUGUCAUAUUCAACGUCACGGCUGUCCAGAAAACCAGCUACUAAACAAUAGAAAGUAGCAUGGAGGCCUGUGAAAACUUUACGGUGGUUAUGACUUUUUUCAUAAAUCUUACCCAUUCAGUCCCUUGGUGGGGACUAAUUUCGACUAAUUUGGAAUUAUGCUCGAGUGCUGCUUGGGCAAUGAUAGACGGUAUUUUGUGGUGGCGCAUCAGUGCAUGUUGCCAGUGAAGAGGCAGAAAUCAGCACGUACACGGAGCCAGAGCCAAAUGAUACCCAUGACUAAUGCAGAGUCAUUUGACCUGGGUGUGAAUGCCAACUGUAACUAUUACCAUUACACCAAAAAGCCAGAUAUUAGGGGGUGUUGCUGGGUUUCUGUUCUGUGGAAAAGGGGCUUAAUUAACACUUUAUACCACCUUUGUUUACUUCGAACCAAAAGUCAGAGUGUAAAAAUGUCAGCUCACUGCUUUACAGGCGGUUAUGUACCAGACUUUUUAUUGGCUCAGAGAUGGCCAGGCACAUAACCUUAAAGCGUAAAACUGCAAAUUUUCAUUUUCACACUUGGACUUUGUUUUAAAUUAAACAAAGGUGAUGUGUUUAUAGUUUGUAACCACUGGAGGGAGCCAGGCUAGCAGUUUCCCCAUUUCCAGUCAUCAAGCUAAGUUAAGCUAACCCAGCUUCCUAUAAAGUAGCUUCAUAUUUAAAGGGCAGAUAACAGGGUGGUGUAGGUUUUCCCACCAAACUGUCCAAAGUUUUGCUUUAAGCAGAGCCUCGGCUUGGAUUUUUACCUCCUAGUGGAAUAAACCUUUCCCACAAACAGACUUGAGAUCAGCCUGUAGGAAAACCUCCUGGUACUCUCUUAUCCACCGCCUCUGCAGAGAUUGCUGUAUUCUUCCUCGCCCACUUUUGCUACUUUGUUUUUACUAUCUGCUUCUUUUACAUCGUUGGCUAUCUGGAGGGCAGUUACAACACCAGUCUGUACAAACUGACAUCAGGCUGUCGACAAGUCAGAGGGGACUGAGAUAGUUUUGGCACCUUUAAACUCAAAGCACACCCAAAAAAGAAAAAAAGAGGCUUGACCCUGGCUGAUAUUAUCUUGUCACACACGCUGCCUGCUCCGGUUGUUUUUACGUUAAUCAUGUAAAAUUUCUGCUGCUGCUGUAACCAGGUGAUGAUUCACAUCAAAUUACUGAUGUCUGACCACACUUAAGUGUGUGCUGAAAUACUCCUUGCUACAGUGUAUGACCCAUUUGUCUUCUUCAAGGUGAUCCAGUCAAUGUUUAUUUUACCUUAUUUUGGUGCCUGAAUGCUUAAACCAUAAUGAUGUUGAGGACCACACCACAUUAGGUCCAUCUCUUUGUUGAUUGGAUGUAGAUAACAGAGCAAAUGUGGCUGAGCAAUUUCUGUUGGUACGUCUCAGGACCUGACGCUUCUCCCACUGCAAAUGUGUCAUAUUCACAUCACACUCGUGUGGAUUUGACUGCAGAGGAUAUUUUCAUUGUGACAUUUCCAUCUGUGAUUAAUGAAAACUCAAAGGCAGGAGGCCUAAAUGCGUCACCUCAUUACCAGUUCAUGUAUUCUCAGUUACCAGAAUGGUGUUACAAACAGGUUGCCUUGCAUGUUGUUGCCUUUCUGUGAAGUCACGCCUGCCGAACAUCUUCUUACUCUUGGUUCCACUUAAGUAGCCUCCUCUUCUUCACCAGCUCCAACCUGCAGCCGGUGCUUAACAGAAAGAUUAGCAUCCAAGCCUGGUUGAGUUCAUAAUACUGAUGGACAUUAGGGCUGGGUAUUGUUUUAAAAAUUGCGAUAACAGUUAGGGGCCCACUAACUGGCCCCACAAUACAAUAUGUGUAUUGUAAAAUAGGUAAUAAAUUGCAAUAUUGCAAUUUAUUACCUAUUUUCAACUGCAAAUUACUUCCCCAAAAUAAAACUUUGUCAACAUCUGUCAACAUUUAUCUAAUAACAUAGUCUUUCCAUUUCACUUUAGUUAUUUUUUAUUGCACCAAAAUGUAUCCAGUGAACUGAAAAUCAAUUAAUUUUAUCAUUCUGGUCAGCUAACAAAAGUUACAUUUGUAUUUGAAAUAUUUGUAAUUUAUAUAAUUGGUGUGAAAAAUAUUGCAAUACUAUGCUGUUUUUUUUGGGGUGGGGGUUACCCCCCACCCCUAUUACCCAUACCCUUAAAGUGAUAUUGAUACCAAUAGAGUACUUUCCAUCAUGUGAAUGGAAGCAUUCAGUUGAGUCAAAUGCCAUCAGAUUUCACAGACGUGUAGUAAAGCCAUACUUUUGAAUGUCUUGUUGGCAGCUUGAACUGCCAUCUCAAACACAUGUCGCUCGUCUUCACCACACCACAAUUCGUAUGGGUUGUUGCUGUUGCAGCGGUCCAAUAACAUGUCACAUUAAAUCAAAGAACGCUUGUGAUGAUUGGUUGCCAGCACAACCAUACAAAUGAACAUUUCUUUUCUAGAUCUGCUCAUCUGACUGGAAAAAUGAUUCAAAAUGAUUUGAUUCUAAUGUGUUACUAGUUUAUUUUGGGCAAUUCCUCAAAGGUAUCAAGUACCAACACCCAGCCCUAAAAGACAUCAGCAGAAAAAAACUUUUUAUCAGGAAGUGCUGAGUAGAACAUCUGAGGAUCAGUUUUCCUGUGUGGUGAAUUUCACAUUAACGGCUUCAGUCAAGUGUCAGGUUUAGUGUAAACAAUGCAGAGGAAACUACUUUUGAGAGGAAACAGUGUGUACACAGCCGGAUCACUGGUGCUGCCAUGUGCCUCAGAAGAAUCUUUAUUUUACACAAAUGCCAUACAUGUGCCCAUUUUUCUGCUUUGCCUGCAAACUUGGCCCUUAAAUCAGCUCCUUGGUGCUUCUGUUUCAUUUGCGGUUGUUUUUCACUUGAAUGUAGCUGAUUCUUCAACUGAAUGUUGCUGUCGACUUGAAUUGGCAUAUUGUUUGAGCGCCAUUACUGACAUUUUCAUCUUUAAAUGGGUACACUUUUAUGUCCCCUCUAACUCGACUUCAAUAACAGGAGUCAGUUUUAAGUUUGCUUUAAAUCCUGCUUCUUUGUCAGUGCUUACUUGAAUUUUGCUCAAGUUUCACACAUUCAGUCUACUUUCUUUGUUUUGUUGAAACUCGUAAGAUCUCAGAAGAGGAAUGAGAUUUUGAAAGAUUUUAUGUUCUAUAACCUCUUCACCACAUUACCCCGAAGUGUACUUGAUCCCUCUCGAGCCUACAUGAAAUUUGAAGACUGGUUUUGAGUAAAAUUGAUUCUCAUGAUGUCGAUCUGUGCCCUCAUCGAAGCUGUCAAAGUGAGUCACAGUUUGUUUUCUAUGUGCCAUAUCCCAGGAUGCAGUUUCAGAGUCCUGGUUGAUCGUGUUGUUGAAUGUGUCGCUGCUGGAGAAGUCAUUGGAGCUGGUCCUCACAUUUCGGCUUUUUACACAGUUCAGUUUCCCCACAGCAUUUCUGAAAAUGCCUUUUGACAUUCAAAAUAAAACAAACGGUGUUUAAACAAAGACUGUGGCGUGUGAGGGAUGUUUUGCAUGACAAAUGGAGAAGAAAUAUGUGACACAGAUACUUAUUUCAAAGUAUAUAUUUCAUUAAUUUGUCCAGUCUGCAUAGUGUUGGACACCUGCAGUGUUUUAUAUCUGCCACCAGAGGGAGCUAAGCAUCAAAGUACAACACUCAAAAUGUGCU